AUGGCCGCUGAUGGAUGCUAUGGAGGGUAUACAUCUCCACGAGUGCAUCAGUGCCAAACUGCUGCAAAGCGCCAGAGAACCGACUCACCAAUCGAAAAGAGAUGUGCAGCUUUCAAUCAGUUUUUCGGCCUCCUUGUUGACUGGGAGAGCUGUCGGAAAGAAUCCGCGCUCAAGCAAGACCCGAUAUCACAGGGCAAGGGGAGCCCAGCCGUCCUGGCAGAUGACCCGAACCCGCAGAACGGCAGCGCCUUCUACAAUGCUGUCAUGAUCGUUCACCACUACUCUGCUGACUCCGUGGAAAGGAGAUUCCAGUCUCACGAGGUGCAGCGUGGCAUCGCAAACCGUUUUCACCGCAAGUUCGGAGAUGACCGGUUCUUGUACAUCACUCUCAGAGUCAAGACGGCGAGUUCAGAUGACCUGAGCCACGCCGACCUCUUGAGGUAUUUGAAGCCUUUUCCAUGGUUGGGUCGCUGGUGGGGGCUGCUGGCGUUUAAGGGGAAGAAGCGAGACAGGAUGCAGGAGGACCAGCCCGAUGCGGAGCAAAAGUAUGUGUUCUUUGCAACUUCGCCCUGGGAUAAAGAGCGAGAUGAAGUUGUGCGCGUAUACCCUGGCUUGCCGGAUAUUUGGAAUGCGGCUCAACAGCACGAGCUUGCUGCAGCCAGCUUUCCAAAAUGCACGGCCGACGAGGCUCGAAGAGCGCUUGUGCCGAUCUGUGCUGAAACCAAGCUUCUGGCAGAGUCAGCGGCGAAGUACAACAAGCGCUUAUUACUGGGCUUCUCCAGCGCCACAGGAACCAUCGUUUGCAGAGCGGAUCAGAUCCAUGAGGUGGCCGACCUUAGAAGUCAUAGAGGUGCAGUGCUGACGGAUGGCUGUGGGCGGAUCGGAACGCCGCUUGCAGAACGGAUUCGUGGAUACCUCGGUCUGUCGGACAUUCCUGCGGUCUUCCAGAUUCGCUUUGGCCCAGGCAAAGGGCUCCUUAAUGUAGAUCUGGGCUUGGUUGAUCAGGACGGCCUGUAUCUGUCGGAGAGCAUGGUGAAAUGGUUCAACGAUUGGACCACCUGCUCGGAGGAAGACCGCCGUAUUGAGGUGGUCACCUGGAGCAGACCGUGCGAGCAGGCGGCACUGAAUACGCAGAUCAUCACUGUUCUGGAGAGCUCCGGAGUGCCUCCUCAGGCCUUUAUGCACAUCCAGCAGACACACAUCUCUGCUAUGCUGGAAGAACGGCUGGGAGGAGAUGUGGGAUCGGUUGCCAGCAGACUCAGUUGUCAAGAUGGUGCAGGCAUUGCGCUGCAAGCAUGCGAUGCUGGGAUCGAUGCACGGCAAGAACCCGCUUUACUGGCGAACAUUUGGCGAUACUCAGUGGAGAAGGCAUUGGAUGAUGCAAAGACAAACGCCAGCUACAAGAGUCCCGGUGCACGGCGUGCAUUCAUACUCCCGGACUUUGCGCAGAAGCUGCUUCCUGGGGAAGCUGUUUUCAAAGUCAGCAGCAAAGGAUACAUUGCAGGCGAUGCUAUCAUUGCUCGCAACCCAUGUACAGCACCAUGGGAUGUCCAAAAGGUUCGUUUGCUGAGCAACGUCGAGGUCCUGGAGAGAUUCCGGGGCUACCCAACAUGCUUGCACGACGAUGUGCUCCUUCUUUCUGCGCACGAAAGUUGUGAUUUCGCGCCAGCCCAUGUCCUAGCGGGUGGAGAUUACGAUGGUGACACCGUCCUUAUCCUCACCGACACAUCACUGGUUCAGCAUUUUAAAAACUCUGUUUACGAGCAUGCCAGAGUUUGCGAGGUACACGAUACCGUAAAGAAGCUUGUGCCUUCGGUGGACUGUCACUCGACCGGAUCAGAGUCGCCAUUCCGGAGCAUCUGCAAAGCAGCCGCCGAAGCCUUGAAGAAGGACCUGGUGGUAGGUGGCCUUGCAAACCGCUGGCACUUCCUGGCAGAUGAACUUGGAGCAAGACAUGAGUCUGCCAUCAAGGCUGGCCUUGCUCAUCAACUUGCUCUCGAUGGCGGCAUCGACAGCAGGAUUUCUAUGCGGCAGAUCACCACUGCUUUGGAAUUGCCCGAUCAUCAGGUUCCUCACUGGCAUCGGUCUGCGACGCGGGGCAACGUCGUUUAUUCGAGAAGUGUUCUUGGAAAGCUUUACACCGCUCUGGACACCGACAAACUACACGACAAAUAUCGUCUGCAGUAUGGCAACGUUAGCUUGUACCAGGCCGUCUUGAAGCCGCACGCGAUCAACUUCGAGUCUUUCCAAAUCAAAGUCGAUGUUGACGACGUGUUACGGGCCUUCAUGCCGCACGCGCAGAGGAUUCUUCAAGGGUUUAGGCAGAAAAGCCAGGAGUGCCGCGCCACAAGAAGGUGGGAUGAUCUUGACGUCUUCUUCCAGUCAGAGCUUCGCGGCUGCAGCGAUCCGCCGCUUCUGGCAGCCGCCAUAUAUCGUCAGCAGUGUGAUGACUUCCUGAAGAGUGCCGCUGACAAGAACUUGAGAAAUUACCAUCAGGUAGAGCUGGAACUGGAACCUGCAUGGAGGCUUUGUCCGAGGCAGCUGUGCGAAUACGUGGUGAAAUUCGUGGCGAAGGACCCUUAUCCCAUGAGCGCGGCAAUCCGACCAAAGCUCCGCUACAAACCCGCCAAACGGAGCGAUGCUCCGUAG